GCCUUAAAGCUGUCAUCACAUGGGCACAAAGCUGCUGCUGCUGCCGUGCGGGACGUUAAUCCCUCUACCUGCUGCGUUAACGCACAGUGGACCUCAUUGUGCGGCGGUAAAACGCGCUGGGCGAUGCUUUUGUCGCCGGACGAACAAAGGCGUGUCCCUCGCUCGCGCAUAAAGUGGCUGACGCGCUGCCGGAGGCUCGGGCUCCCUGUGCACCAGCACACUCUCCAUGAUGGCUUCUGACAAAGUGGUGUUCGACAAGCCGAAGGUGGAGCUGCACGUGCACCUUGAUGGAGCCAUCCGGGUGCAGACUAUUCUUGAUGUUGCCAAGAGACGAGGCAUCAAGCUGCCGGCGGACACCGUGGAGGAGAUGACACAAAUCAUCAUUCUCCAGGAGCCGUCCACCCUCACCAACUUCUUGGAAAAGUUUGCUGCAUAUAUGCACGUCAUCGCUGGGGACAGAGAGGCCAUAAAAAGAAUCGCCUAUGAGUUUGUUGAAGACAAAGCAAAGGAAGGAGUCAUUUACGUUGAGCUCCGAUACAGCCCCCAUUUUCUGGCAAAUGCUAACGUGGAUCCUCUGCCGUGGAACCAAAGCGAAGGCAACGUCACCCCUGACGACGUGGUGCGCCUGGUGAACGAGGGCCUCAUGGAGGGGGAGAAGGCCUUCAGGAUUAAAGCCAGGUCCAUUCUUUGCUGCAUGCGCCACAUGCCAAGAUGGUCCAAAGACGUCGUGGAGCUGUGUAAGAAGUACCGCAGCGAUGGGGUGGUGGCCAUCGAUCUGGCAGGUGAUGAGUCACUCAACUGUGAAGCCAAUCCAGAGCACAAGAAGGCGUAUGAGGAAGCGAUCCGCUGUGGGAUCCACAGGACAGUUCAUGCAGGAGAGGUGGGCCCGGCGUCGGUGGUGAGAGAGGCUGUGGACGUGCUGAAAGCUGAACGCAUCGGGCAUGGUUACAGCACGGUGGAAGACCAGGCCUUAUACCGAACACUGCUGGAUAACAACAUGCACUUUGAGAUGUGUCCUGUUUCCAGCAAACUGACAGGUGCCUGUGACCCGGACUUCACCAAGCAUCCCAUCAUCACGUUCAUGAAGGACAAAGCCAACUACUCCCUGAACACAGAUGACCCCCUGAUCUUUAACUCCACCCUGCACAUGGACUACAGCACCGUGCACAAACAUAUGGGAUUCACUGAGGAGGAAUUCAAACGACUGAACAUUUGCUCUGCUCAGUCGUGCUUCCUGCCAGAGGAAGAGAAGAAGGAGCUGCUUCAAAGCCUGCGUGAAGCCUACGGGAUGAUCCAGGACACCGCCUUCUAAAGCGACCGGGAAGGACACGGAACAGGCUCCUUCCAUCAGACACAACAGUGCAAGAACAUAAACCCUAAAGACGAAAUCCAACAUGGCGUUGCCUCAUUUACCUACACAGCAUCAGGGCGUUCGCUAAGUGUUUAUAUGGCAGAUUUUAAUACAUAGACACUCUGAAUGCUUUCUAAUGUUUGAAUCAGGGAACGUUGUUGGCGAAGAAUUAGCUCCAUCAGUUAAAAACAUGGAAGCUGAGCAGAACUUACUACCUAUGAGGAAAAAGACUUGGCUACAGGGAAACUCGUUAUCUGAGGGAAACCGACACGCACACUCUUUGCCUCUGACCAGUAAAACAGCAGCAACAUCAGGUUAAACAGCUCAAUACCAAAAGCCUAGCUUCACAUGGACACUAGGGGGCAGAGUGGCUCUACAUUGGCUGCACAGCCACAUCUGACCUAGUGUGGUUUUACACGUCAGAUUCUCUGCAUCGUUUUAUGUAUAUAUUAUUUAAAGUACUUACCAGCAACCCAAUGUAUAACAGCCACAUGUAUACUGCACAGAAAAAUACCUGGCCUGAAUAAAACACUCAAACUGU